ACCAUAAUAAUACGGUCGUAAUGGUAUAAAUAUCGUGUGUUCGUUACUCUGUUAUGUCUAAGGGCUUUUUGAAGUGAAGAGACAAAAUGCGUUCUAUAAUUGUGUGGUUGACUGUCAUCGCUGCUGUUGCAGCCGUACCUAAGAACCCGCAGCGUAUCAUAGGUGGUGAACUUACCAAUAUCAAUAACUACCCAGAGAUCGCUGCACUCUUGUUCUCAUGGAACGGUAUUGCAUACAGCCAAGCGUGCGGUGGAUCUAUCCUUAACAAGAGAUCCAUCUUGUCUGCUGCUCACUGCUUUGUCGGUGACCCAGCAAACAGAUGGCGCGUUCGCGUUGGUUCUACCAACGCUAACAGCGGUGGUGUUGUUCAUAAUGUCGAUGCCAUCAUCACCCACGGCAGCUACAACAACGGGACCAACGACAAUGACCUCUCUAUUUUGCGUCUCUCCUCGAACCUUGUGUACACCGAUGUCAUUCAGCCUGCCAGCAUUGCUGGAUCCAGUUACAACCUCGCUGACAACCAAGUUGUCUAUGCAGCUGGAUGGGGUGCUACAUCUGUCGGCGGUUCUGGCUCUGAACAACUUCAACACGUACAAGUCUGGACUGUGAACCAAGAGAUAUGCAGGAACCGUUACGCUGAAAUCGGUCAUGCUCUAACGGACAACAUGUUGUGCUCCGGUUGGUUGGAUGUCGGCGGUCGCGACCAGUGCCAGGGCGACUCUGGCGGCCCCCUCUACCACAACAAAGUCGUUGUCGGCGUGUGCUCGUGGGGUGCGCAGUGCGCUGUCGCCCGCUACCCUGGUGUUAACGCUCGUGUGUCUCGCUACGCAGCUUGGAUUCGAGAAAAUUCAGACAAAAUGCGUUCUAUAAUUGUGUGGUUGACUGUCAUCGCUGCUGUUGCAGCCGUACCUAAGAACCCGCAGCGUAUCAUAGGUGGUGAACUUACCAAUAUCAAUAACUACCCAGAGAUCGCUGCACUCUUGUUCUCAUGGAACGGUAUUGCAUACAGCCAAGCGUGCGGUGGAUCUAUCCUUAACAAGAGAUCCAUCUUGUCUGCUGCUCACUGCUUUGUCGGUGACCCAGCAAACAGAUGGCGCGUUCGCGUUGGCUCUACCAACGCUAACAGCGGUGGUGUUGUUCAUAAUGUCGAUGCCAUCAUCACCCACAGUAGCUACAACAACGGGACCAACGACAAUGACCUCUCUAUUUUGCGUCUCUCCUCGAACCUUGUGUACACCGAUGUCAUUCAACCUGCCAGCAUUGCUGGAUCCAGUUACAACCUCGCUGACAACCAAGUUGUCUAUGCUGCUGGAUGGGGUGCCACAUCUGUCGGCGGUUCUGGCUCUGAACAACUUCAACACGUACAAGUCUGGACUGUGAACCAAGAGACAUGCAGGAACCGUUACGCUGAAAUCGGUCAUGCUCUAACGGACAACAUGUUGUGCUCCGGUUGGUUGGAUGUCGGCGGUCGCGACCAGUGCCAGGGCGACUCUGGCGGCCCCCUCUACCACAACAAAGUCGUCGUCGGCGUGUGCUCGUGGGGUGCGCAGUGCGCUGUCGCCCGCUACCCUGGUGUUAACGCUCGUGUGUCUCGCUACGCAGCUUGGAUUCGAGAAAAUUCUUAAACAGCACCAUUGAAAUAUCUUCUCAGUCUAUAUUAUUUGUAUUAACAAUAAAUAUAGACUAUACAAAUUUAUUCAUCUAUAUUAACUGGAAUA